UAUCUUAACCUACUAGAUAAUAUGUAUGUCAUAUAUAUGAAGUAAUUAGAAAAAGAGUAUAGUUAUUAUUGCGAUAGCUGUUUUGCAUUACAAAUAUAGCAGGAUCGAUAUAAUCAAUUGAAAGACUGCAGACAGGCAAUACAUUUAGGUAUAAAAUCCCUUCAUCGAAGCUAAGCUUAUUUAUAAACCAGAUGAAAUGUGGGCAGAAGAAAUGCGCUGUGUACAUCAAUCGCUCCCAUAUGUCAUGAGAUUCCAAACACGUGCGCGCGCGCAGUCGCAGUUAUACCUCCGAUAUUAACAGACGUGUAUUAAGUUAAAAGAAAUGGCGGGUAAAUCGAAUGGUGUUGAUACGUCGGAUUGGUCUCGAACUCCACCCACUUCAGGGCCCCUAUGGGAGAGGGUUUGUAAGGCAAUUUACAAUCCAGAAGACAAAAGCUUUUUGGGCCGGACUCCGAAACGCUGGGGAAUCGCGUUGGUUUUUUACCUGAUCUUCUACGCAGUGUUGGCAGCCAUGUUUGCAGCGUGUAUGGGAGUGUUGCUUAUGCUCAUAGAUGACAAAAGGCCUAUGUACACUCUCGAGAGCUCAUUAAUAGGAGCGAAUCCGGGAGUUGCGUCCAGACCGGCCGUGGACGGUUCCUUCCUCUUAGACAAUACUAACACAAGCAGUUAUGACAUCUACGUCGAUGAACUGAAAUAUUUCUUUAGGGAUUACGCCACCGAAAAGUGGUAUUUAUCGAGGAAGGGUUGCAAAGAGGAAGAAAGUUUCGGCUAUCCCACAUCACCAUGCUUUUUCAUUAAGUUAAAUAGGAUUUACGGUUGGAAACCACAAUACUAUGUUGCGAAAAGUUUACCUACAGACAUGCCUGAUCACCUCUCGGAAUACAUUUCAUCAUUACCAGAUAUGGAGCAACAACAAAUCUGGAUAUCCUGUGUGGAUGAAGUGUCAAAUGCGACGAGUAUCGAAUACCCUUGGGGACGCGGCCUUCCGGGUAGAUUCUACCCCUACCAAAAUGAAGUUGGGUAUAUUAGCCCCGUGUUGGCGAUUAAAGUAACGCCACCUGCGAACACCCCAACGACGAUUCGAUGCAGAAUAUGGGCUAAAAAUAUUAUUUACAACAAGAGUUUGAAAGAGCCAUCUGGUUACACUCGUAUUCAACUUUACGUCGAAGAUAACACAAGUCUUAACUCAACGAACACAGAUGGCGCUGGAAUCAAAUAAAAUAUUUUGAGAAAUAGGCAUUAACGUAAUAUUAAUUGGCAUUAAUUUAUUAUUAUCUGUAGAGGUAUGAUGAGUAAUCGGUUAACGUACAACUACUAGUUAUGUAAAUUCGAGGUUUAAAUAGGAAUUUAUUCGCGAUUUGGUUAUUCUUGUUUGUUUCAUAUAUUUUGUAUAAAGCAACCAAAUGGGAACAAACACAUUUCUGUGUCUGUUUUUAAUUUGAUAUCACUGUGAUGGAUCAUAUUGUUUUGUUCAACGAAACGAUUGUUUAAUUCAACGCAAAACGAUAUUAAGUAGAUAAUUUCGAGAUGUUAACUUAAAAUCUAAAGUUAUAUAUGACCUAGACGACACAGUUAGAAUAUAUAUUGA